AUGGUGGUACACUUGUUGGAAAAAUUUGAUUAUGUCGAGAUCAUGCAUGUGCCAAGGUCUGAUAACUAUGUUGCCAAUAAAUUGGCACAAAUUGCUUCAGGAUAUAAAGUUCCCAAAGAUAAAUUAGAAAAGAUGAUCGAAGUCAAAGAGAAAGAAACUCAUGAUGCGUUGGAUAAGAUAGGAAAAUUUUCGAUACCAAAACUGGGGGGUGUAGAAGACAAAAUUAAUGAAAAUGGGAAUUUGAAUAUUGUGGAAAUUUUUGCCAUCGACAACAUGGCAGAUUCUGAUUGGAGAAACUCAUUAGUCCAAUACUUAAAUAAUCCAGUCAGAGGAACUGAUCGAAAAAUUAAAUACAGAGCUUUAAAUUAUGUGAUAUUGGGAAACGAGUUAUACAAGAAAACGACUGAAGGUGUAUUGUUAAAAUGCUUAAGUGAAGCCGAAGCAUAUCUGGCUGUGUCAGAGGUCCAUAGUGGUGCUUGUGGAGCCCAUCAGUCAGGCUAUAAAAUGAAGUGGUUAUUGUUUAGACAAGUUGAAGCUGCACUGGCAUCCCACUCCCUGUUCAUUUCAAGUUCUUUGUUCUUUGCUUGA